AUGGAUUUCGGAGCAAUGCAAAGUGAACCAGCUGACUCAUCAAACAUUGAAAUGUCCCGAUGUCCAGCCCCAGCACAGUGCUCUCAGAGUGCAAAUGUUGCUAAACAGGCACUGGACAUUUGGGACAUCGACCUUCGAGGACUGGCGAGCUGCCAGAGGAGUCAACUACAAAAAGGCCAAGUGGGAUAUCACGUCGAUAUUAAUGAGGCCAUCAACAUUGGCCGACGUCUGGACACUAGGACAAGGGCCAGGGUCCAGGGUCCAGGGUCCUGA